CCUUGGGACUCGGAUAGAGAUGGGGUUUUUUUCUGGGUCGAGUUCGACCCGACUGAGACCAUAAAUGCAGCCUAUCUGGGUUCCCCACUGGGUCCCAUUUCCCAGGGUGAUUCGGAAACACGGCCCACAAUACUCUUGAAAACUACAUUUCCCGAAAUGCAAAGGGGAGGCGGUGCCUGCCUCUCUUGGGCGACGUAGUCCUGGGACUGCCUAAGGACUACGACUCCCGACGGGCCCCGCGGCCCAAGGCCAGGAGGGCCCGGAUGCGGAACCGGAUGUGGCUUACGGCUCCGGUUCCUGGAGCGCUGGGGAAAUGGCCACAGGGACAGACCAGGUGGUGGGACUCGGCCUCGUCGCCGUUAGCCUGAUCAUCUUCACGUACUACACCGCCUGGGUGAUUCUGUUGCCAUUCAUUGACAGUCAGCAUGUCAUCCACAAGUAUUUCCUGCCCCGGGCCUAUGCUGUUGCUAUCCCGCUGGCCGCCGGCCUCCUGCUGCUCCUGUUUGUGGGAGUGUUCAUCACCUCCGUGAUGCUGAAGAGCCAGAAGGUGACCAAAAAGGCUCAGUGAGGGCCCAACCGAGAUAAGGCUGCGGCCCUUUCUGUUUCUUCGCCAGGGCAGACCCAGGCGGGGGGCUCACAGGACCCAUCCAGGCCCUGAGGCCCCCCUCAAGCCCAGCUGCCCUGAAGGCUCCCCCCCCGGCCUGAGGGGGAUGGAGCUGUUCAGGACUGGCCCCCCCAACUGCCCGGAGCCCGUCCCCUCCUCCCACUUCCAGAAGCCAGGAGGGAGGAGUCCCUGGAAGUCUCCCUCUCACCCCCUUCUGGCUCAGUGCCCGAAAGAUGCAGCUCAUCGCCCCUUUCCCCCACCACCUUCGGACUCCCCGGCACUUUUCCCUGCGGGUCUACACUCUUGGCUCACUUCCCCACCUGUCACAUGCUGGUGUUGGACUUGGCAGGUUCUGGGCCAUCACAGGACCUCUCCCCACCAACCCUGCUCCUCCCCAAAGGCCGCUUUCCCAGGGCUGACAUAGGCCCAGGCCCUGCAAGGAUUUCUGGACCUGGAAAGCUUGGGGGGAGGCCUGACAGGCUGCGGGCACAUUAGGGUGGCCACGGCAGGGCCCCCCAUUGACUGCUUCUUGUGGAGGCCCAGCCCCGUCUGUAGUGGGGGUGGAGGGGGGGGUACAACAAUAAACGUUGACGGUG